UUUCACAGACAUGGAUGUUAACUUAAAGAGAAAUUUGACUGGUUCACGGAGGCAUAUAACCAUGAGUUGGUAAUUCUAGUGUACAAUAUUUUCUUUCUCAAGUGUGGUGAAGUAGAGCUAUAAAGUAAGAAGUACUCAGGUAAAGUUUAAGUACUUGAGUACUUAAACAACAACAAAAAAAUACAAAAUACGACCACGCGCAGACACAAAACAACCACAAGGAAAAACAAAACGACCGCAAGGAGACACAAAACGACCACAAGGAGACACAAAACAACCACAAGGAGACACAAAAGGACCGCAGGGGAAACAAACUACUGCAAGGAGACACAAAACAACCACAAGGAGACACAAACGCCUGCAAAGAGACACAAACCAACCAAAAAUAGACAUAAAACGCCCACAAGGAGACACAAACCAACCACAAGCAGACAUAAAACGACCACAAGGAGACACAAAACGACCACAAGGAGACAUAAAAUGACCACAAGGAGACAAAAUACGACCACAAGGAGACACAAAACGACCGCAAGGAGACAUAAAAUGACCACAAGGAGACAAAAUACGACCACGGGGAGACACAAAACAACCACAAGGAAAAACAAAACGACCGCAAGGACACAAAAAAGGACCACAAGGGGACAAAAAAGGACCACAAGGAGACAAAAUACGACCGCAAGGAAAAACAAAACGACCGCAAGGACACAAAAAAGGACCACAAGGACACAAAAAAGGACCACAAGGGGACAAAAAAGGACCACAAGGAGACAAAAUACAACCACGCGGAGACACAAAACAACCACAAGGAACCAUACAGUAUUUAUAAGUGUGAUGGAGUAGAGCUAUAAAGUAGGAUAAAAUGAAAAUACUCGGGUAAAGUUCAAACACUUGAGUACAUGUACUUUGUUGUAUAACAGCACUGGCACCAAAUUAGAUUCAGGGAUCUUAUUUGGAAAUUAUUUUUAAUCUCUCUGGGUUUCUGGAGACCUGCGAGAACAUGUGGAGACAUAUCCUGUGUGUGCGUCAUAUUGUAUGUAUGAGUAUUUGUUAGUUCUACUACAGGCUGUACUGCAGCGAGUGUGUGUGUGUGUGUGUGUGUGUGCGUGUGUGUGUGUGUAUGUGUGAGGCAGGCCGGCCGGUCUGUGCGCACAUGCUCAGUGAGGUUAUUUUUGCGCACAGAGGCUUUAAGAGCAGAGCGGCUGGAGGCAGACGGCAGCAGAGAGACCGGAGAGACGCGAGAGAGACACGGGGAUGAGAGCGGGGAGCUGAAGCGGCCCCAUCAGCUGUGUGCGCGUCUCAGCCGACACAUGAACCAUCACCGACGCAGCCGCGGAGCCGGCUCGGUGCUGUGCGCCCGGAGCUAGGCGCGUGUGUCUGCGCCAUACGGCUCGACGCACAACUUCUCCUCCAUAGACUCUUUAUUUUUAUAUUUCCUUUUUUUUACUCAUCUGUCAUCAUGGUACUCGGCAAAGUGAGGGCCCUGGCGAUCUACUUUGACAGUUUGAAUGAGAACAACCUGCCGGCGUUCUCCGGCGGAGACCUGGUGUCAGGCAGGGUGGUGGUGGAGGUCACCGGGGAUGUGCGCGUAAAGAGCCUGGACAUAACCGCCAGAGGAGUCGCCAAGGUCCGGUGGACCGAGUCGAGGAACGCCGGAGCCAACACGGCUUACACUCAGAACUACACCGAGGAGGUGGAAUACUUGCACCAUUACGACACGUUGAUAGGAGAGGAGAGAGAUGAGGACUGUCCAGAGGAGGGACUGACUGUUCUGCACGCAGGCUUGCACGAGUUCGCCUUCAGCUUCAACCUGCCUCAGAUGGCUCUGGCUACUUCCUUCGAGGGGAAGCACGGCAGUGUGAGGUACUGGGUGAAAGCUGAACUACACCGUCCGUGGCUGCUGCCGGUCAAAGUGAAGAAAGAGUUCAUUGUGUUUGAGCACAUCGACAUCAACACGCCGCUGCUGCUGGCCCCUCAGGCUGGUACAAAGGAGAAAACUCUGUGCUGCUGGUUCUGUGCUUCAGGCCCGAUCUCCCUCAGUGCCAAGAUCGAGCGAAAGGGCUACACACCAGGCGAGUCGAUCCAAAUCUUCGCCGAGGUGGAGAACUGUUCGUCCCGGGUCGUGGUGCCCAAAGCCGCUCUGUACCAGACCCAGACCUUCUUCGCUAAGGGCAAGGGCAAACAGAUCCAGCAGCUGGUGUCCAAUCUGAGAGGAGACCCUCUGCCGCAGGGGAAGAGCCAGAGCUGGGAGGGCAAACUGCUCAAGAUCCCCCCGGUGUCCCCGUCCAUCCUGGACUGUCCCAUCAUCAGAGUGGAGUACGCCCUUGUGGUGUAUGUGGACGUUCCCGGUGGAUUGAACUUGUCUCUGUCGUUGCCGUUGGUGAUUGGGACCAUACCUCUGCAUGCCUGCGCCACCCGCACCUCCAGCAUCAGCAGCAACUGCAGCACUUUGAGCUGGCUGGGCCUGUCGGAGCGACCUGAGGCUCCGCCGAGUUACAGCGAUCUGGCAAUAUCAGAGUCUCACAGGCGGGAUUGUCUGCAUGGCUGUGAUAGAUCUGACGGGGAGGGAGAGGACCAGGGAUCUCUGCUGACGUACAUCACAGAGUUCAGAUAUCUGCCCCCGCCACUCUACUCUGAGGUGGACCCUUACCCAGACCCUGUGGAGGUGUGCGGUGCCGCUGACGUCAGAAGGCCCGACACGUGUCCGUCCCGCUGAGGAGAGCUCGUGAGCUCAGAGGGCUUCUGCACAAACACGACACCAUCACCCUCAGCUCCAGGCCCGCGCUGCCAGCUUCUCACCAGAUUAUAUAUCACCAUAAAUAAGGCUAAACCCUCCCUGACCCGGGGGAGUCAGCUGAGAGAGUAUUCGGUGACCAUUGACAUAUGGACCAGGUAGUUGGAGCCAUGCUGGAUCCUCCAUAUCCUGUGCUCAACGUGAGGCAAAAAAGAGUUCUCUGACAGACACCACUGUUUGACUUUGACGAGGCAGAAAACAGAGCUCGCUGGCGGUGGUCAGAGGACGCCUCCUCCUGCCUCACAGUGAAUUUUGCACAUACCGUGAUUACUGUUUUUCUAUCAGUGGUUUUAUAUACUGCAGAUCGCCGCGGGCCUAUAUGCUACAAUAGAUUCUGUCCACAGAUGUUAACAAUAUCGUACUCUUUAAUCUAACGGGCACAUUUAAAGCAGGAUGAAAGCUGUUAUUCAGUUAAAGGAUAGUCUGAGCUUCUGGGGCCUGCGGGUGUCGCUGUCACUAACCAGACUUCAGGUGGAAAAUGUCAUAUUCUGUGAAACAGAGUCGACAGAAAAAAAAAAAAUGUUCUGAUGAUUGAUUACGUGUCACGUAAACGACCACCUCGAGCACUUAAAGUUAAGCUCAAAUUGUGUGUGAAUGUGUGUGUGUGUGUGUGUGUGUGAGAGAGAGAAAGAGGUGUGUGUGUGUGUGUUGGUUUAAAUGACCAGGUGUGAACCCAGACAGGGUCAAGAGGAAAAGCACAACUCCGACCAACCAAGAUAAAGUACCACAAGUCGCCUGUCGGUUUCUGCUCUGAACUAAAAGCUUCUCUUGCUGUAGAUUUUUUUCCAACAUGGAUGUUAAGAAGCUUUGUGCUCGCGCGAAAGAAUGGCAAAGCGUAAAAGAUAAAAUGUUUACAGAUGAAUAUAUCAAAUUAAGAAUGUUGUUCAAACAUGACUUCUUCCACCUAAAACUUCAAAGUGCAAUAUAUUUUUGUAUUUGUGAUUUUUUUGCACUAGUUUUUCAUAUACUCUGUUGCUGUUUAUUCCAUUUCUGUGCAUUAUAUAUUAUUGUCAUGAUCUUAUUGCUGUCAUGAUCAACUUUUGAUAAAAUAAAAAGUUUAUUUUAUAAAAUAACAA